CGUCAACACAAGGCGCCCACGGGCCAACGUAAUUUAGUAACCUGGCUUUAGAUGGGCGUCGGUUCGUUCGCCGCGUCUCGUCGACCACUAGCACAGGAAACCGGGGUUGCCUAUGUAAGCCACUUCCGACAGAAAAGAUUUUUAGGAACUUUGUUUUAAAGGGAGUGGUGCUUGGUUAAUUUCAGGGGGGAAUUAUGCAGUGCUUAUGUCUAGGCUUGGGUAAUGGUUCAAGUUAGCGCGGUCUUAAUUGCGGUAAAUAAAUAUUUUUUCAGGCAGUUUCCUUUAUUCUAGGCAUUCGUUUUAUUUUAGGCGCUUUGUUUAAUUUUUUUUAUGAUAGUAGUGUUUUUUCGAUUGCAAUUUUAAACGAAACAUUUUUUUCUAUGCAAGUGUAUAGUGGACAUGCACAUGUAAAGCAAAGCAAUUCAAACCUAGCAUCGACUUAAAAUAUUUCAUCAACUAGACUAAAACGAAGACGCAAUCUUGCGUAGUGCGGCAACAUAAAACAGUGCGUACCAUGUCUGUACUAGAUUACUUAUUUUCAACCACCAGCGCUCGGAUGACUUACGUAAAUGAACGUAAACUACUACGUCGGCUUUAAAUAAUACUUUGUUACUACUGCUACUAGACACCAUUGCCAAUUGUCCUAUUUGUCACCUGUGGUAUAGAAAAGUUUAUUUUAUUCCAACACUUUGUCUAUCAGAGGAUAAUUUUCUGCGACAUGAUUAGUAUAAUGCUUGGACGUGCGUCUUAUAGAAUUACGUUUUCACCGAACCGUAACAGAGCAAUUCGGUUAACUAGUAACGGAGAUGACUGCGUACCAAUCUACCAGAAAAAAUACGUGACUGGUACAAUGGGAAUUUGGAUUUAACAAUUUCUGUUUCAAAGAUGGAAAACAUGAUUUCACUUCUCGCGACAUGGUUUGAAAACUUAUGUGGAGCAGUGACGUAACUGAGUAUAGUGUGACGUAACGGUCGACGUGUUUACGGGUUGUGGGGGGAAGCGAAAAUAUGCGAGCGAUGUCUUGACGUUGUUGGAAACACGCAACCGCUAGUUAAUGGAAGCUGCUGGAACGUCAGCUUGGUGAAAAUAACCGAGCUAUGAAUUACAGGGUGGAGCUAUUGCGGUAACGAUAGGCGGGAGAUUAAUUCGUGUAGUUGUUGCGUGUCUAUGCGCUGUCAUGUACAUAGAGAGGGAGCAUCUAAAAUAAAUUUACGCGAAGGAUUAAAGAGCAUAGCAAACAAAUUAAGCGGACUCUCUUACGACGGCAACAUAUUAGCAAAGACGCACUAAAACUAUCCGUCGCUGAUGGCUGUCAUGGAAGAGGCGACGAAGGAAGGAAAGAAGGCUCGCCUAUCAACUUCAAAGAGCGCGACUGUGGCCCGCAUUCUUAUAGCUGUUAUUGUCAUGGACAGUUGGUCAAAAUAGGGUAGCGCUUGAGCACCUGGAAAAGAGCUUAGAGGGCUUACUAAGGAGAUUAAAGGACGGAAGGAUUUCAAGUUUUAUUACUUGACAGAUGAGCUGCUGUGGUAUGAGAAACGAAGUGGUGGAGAGAGGUGUAUUAUGUGCUGCUAUGCUGUUUGCUAAACGUUCAAGGCGCUUUGAUACGACGCUGAGUCUUUGUGUUGCUGGCAUAGCGAGUUUAAUGUGUUUGUUUGCGGUUCUACAGAUUUUGCGUUUAAAUAGUUAAGAGUGUAUAUGAAGUUAUAAUGAAGUCGAUUUGUUGCUUUGUGCUUAUGUUACUCUGUGUGGUGGUUAGAGCACAGCAUGGAAGAUCUACUGAAGUACAAGCCGGCCACAGCAUGAACGGCGUAUGCGAUGAAGGGUUCAGGUAUCAAGAGAACGUGGGGUGUACAGACAUCAACGAAUGCACGGAACUUGCGCCAUGUAAGAUAGGACAAGUGUGCAGGAAUCUAUGGGGAAGCUACCUUUGUGUGUGCCCGAGAGGGUACAGGUUCGACGCCCGCACAGGUGUAUGCAACGAUAUUGACGAAUGUGGAAUGGGAUAUUGCGGCAACGGGGAGAAGUGUAUCAACACCAUAGGAUCAUUCAACUGCCUUUGUUCACCGGGCAUGGUAAAGAUUGGAAGAUUUUGUCGUGAUGUGAACGAAUGCACUCAUUCCCCAUGUGAUUCAAACCAGUACUGUAUUAACAGCAGGGGUAGUUAUCACUGUCGUUGUAAGGCGGGUUACUCUGAUGCGGGUGACGGGUCGUGUGUGGAUACGGAUGAAUGCGCACAAGGGAUGUGUCAAGCGCUGGGAGAGACAUGCAGAAACACAGUUGGUUCAUAUGAGUGUGUAUGCGAUAGAGGAUUUACAAAGGACCCCACUACUAAUGGAAGAUACUGUAUGGACGUGAAUGAAUGUGACUUGGAUAUGUGUAGCGAGAAUUCUGAAUGCAUCAACACACAAGGCUCGUACUUCUGUAGAUGCCAUCGUGGAUAUACUAAACAUCAAGGUGUAUGUGUCGACAACCAGGAAUGCAGCUUGGGUGAGGGGAAUAAAUGUCAGUGGAGAUGCAGGAACACACCUGGUGCAUUUGAAUGUGAAUGCCCUGUUGGGUAUGACAAGUUAGAUUACUCAUGCAACGAUAUCAAUGAAUGCGACCGUGGAGCUUCUGUUUGUGGGCCAAGUGAUACUUGUGUUAACACAAGAGGAGGACACAAGUGUAUGAAACAGAUAACCUGCCCAGAUAACAACUUCUACAGGAAACUUAUGCGAACGGAUGAGUUUCGGUAUCGACAGAUUACAACUAAUAUCUGCAGAAGAAAGAGAUGUAGGCGUGUGACCUCUAAUAAUGAGACUUUUGCUCAAUGCAAAGCCCAAUCAUUGAGUAUUAGCUACCAUUAUAUUGAUAUCCCUACUGGCCUCAAACUGCCGAGUAAUCUUCUGAAAAUAUCAUUCUCUCCAAGACGGCGAAGACAGCAGUAUCAUUUCCAAAUCGCACAAGGUGAGGAAAACGCAUUCAGUCUUCGACAGCCAUCAAUGUACCGACCCCAGGCAUACCUUGUGCUCACUGGCGAGCUGACAGGGCCCUCGGAGCACAUGGUUAAAGUUGAUAUAAGCACAUACAACAGGAGGGGUGAAAUGAGGGACAACAGGAUGCUAACAAUAACCGUCUUCGUGUCAGAAUAUACUUUCUAAUGAGAGCUGCACAGCACAUAUAAGAUUGUCGAUUAUGUAUGGUGUACAGGAACUUGUAUAUUUCCAAUAAAAAGUAAUUUUAUAUUCGUUUCUAUAUAGAUCUAUAUAUUUUAAACGCUAAAUUGGCAAGCUGCAGUCUAUAUGGCGUAAAUUAAGCUCAGUGAAUCGUAAGUAAUGGUUCAGCUGUUGCAAUGAAAAUAUGUGUUUGAUUUGGUGAAAUACCAAACAACAGUCAAUGGUGAAAGGUGUAUUUAUUACCUCCAUUACCAUUCUAGCAUUGUGUUUAUAGUGCUUACAUUUCAAGCUUACAAUCUGAAGUAUUAACAAAACCAUCUAUUGUUCAUGAAUGAAAGUAACCUUUUCAUUUUUUUAUUUAUGAAACUUAACUUCCAUCCCUUUGCUAUGUGGUUUACCAUGAUCAUAGGAAUGCUAUAACAAAGCAGUUUGUGGCUGCCUUGCUAACUGAAGCAUUUUGUGCAAACUAAUUAAACAUCAGCAUUUGCCUUUCUAACAGUUUUGUAUUAGCAGCAUUUAAAGCAGUGGUUCUUAACCCUUUUCCACAACACUAUAUGGCCAACUGUUUAAACUACCCUAAAAUUUUUAAUUAAGUAGGCUACUGCAUAUUUUUUUUCUUUAUUUAUUUAUCAAAUACAGACCAUUUUAAUGAAUCUUUAAAAUUAAUUGACAUCAAGGUUAAGAACCACUGCAUUAAUUUAACCUCAUCCAAUUAUUCGCACCAUAAAGCAAAGGUUUUCCAAGUUAUUUUGUGUACAGUAUAUGCUCUUCUUGGCGCCUGUGAAAUAUCGUUUUCUUACACUUACACGUCUUUGUUUGUACGUAUUGUUUUCUAUAUUUUCAAUGUAGAGGUGCCACCUUCGGGGUGCCAGACCGAAAUUUCUAAUAUUUUUACUACAGUCCUUCAUACCCUUUCAUGGUUCAGCAUGUACAAUGUAGAAUAAAGCUGCAACCUGAUAUGUGA